AUGCAAGUCGUGUGGUUGGAUCCGACUACGAACGAAGCCAAGGGCGUUCUGCUCGUAACUCCUGCGGAGGUUGCGGAGACGGCAACGGUGGACUCGCUCAAGAAGCUGCUGGCAAACAAGUUGCUUUUGGAAAACGACGUGAGCCAAAGGACGUUGCGGCUGCACGGCCAGCACUUGGACACAUACCUGCCAUGCUUUCAGUCCAACAUCCCCCGGUUUGGGUUUUCGUACAAGCUGGCGUCGACAGUCCAGGGGAACGCCCCCUCGUCGUCCAUUUUCGUGUCCAUGUUGGGGAGCGACGUCAUCACGGUGCCGAUCACCACCCUCAUGGCCGUCUCUGAAGUGUGCAGCGAGAUUGAACACCAAACGGGAAUUCCCCCACACGAGCAUCGCUUAAUGUUUGGAGGGGUGCCGUUCCAACACGAUCAACAUCUGUGCGACUAUGGCAUUCGUCGAGAUUCGAUGCUCCAUUUUUCGCUACGCGUGAAGGGAGGAUUGUGGUUUGUUGCGAAGGUAUUGGUUGCCUUCGCAAGGUCAUAUGGUGGGCCAAAGUGGGGAUAUGUCUACAUCGAUUGA